GCUCAGAGGUGGGAGGGGAACACAGCGUCUAAGUUCUGGAGGAGGCCUGAGCCGGGAGGUGACUGCUGCCCGUUGUGUGUUUUUUUUUAUUGACAGUCUCCCGUUUGUACAACACGCAAAUCUGAGCCAAACGUUCAUUGUGCGCAAUUACGCACGGGAACGACAGAUCCGCGGCGUUACUCAGCGAGGAAACCCGCGGACAAAGGACGGCGGGCUGUCUGGAGUGCAACAACUGACUUGAGAGAAGAGGACUGCUGUUGGGGGGGGGGGACCGGGGACGGGAUUCCGGAGUCGGAAGUAAUUUUUUCUACUCUUUCCUUUGAAGACAUGUAAACGGAUUUUCCGAAAGGAACUUGCGUGUUUCGGGAAGGAAAAUAGAAACCAGAAAGACUUCGUGUGUGAAAUUAGUCCCGAGACCAGCAGACCCUUGGAGUAUGGGAGGAGUAAUCUGCGGGCUGUAAAAUGUACCCGAUACACCGUGAGAGGGAACAGCCCAUCUUCAGCGCCAGAGCUCACGUCUUUCAGAUCGACCCGGCCACCAAACGCAACUGGCUGCCGGCUAGCAAACAUGCGGUCACCGUGUCCUUCUUCUACGAUGCAAACCGCAGCGUCUACCGCAUCAUCAGCGUGGGCGGGACUAAGGCCGUCAUCAACAGCACGAUCACCCCCAACAUGACUUUCACUAAAACCUCCCAGAAGUUUGGCCAGUGGGCCGACAGCCGGGCUAACACCGUCUACGGCCUGGGCUUCUCCACCGAGCAGCAGCUGCAGCAGUUUGCAGAGCAGUUUAAGGAGAUAAAGGAGGCAGCCCGGCUGGCCAGAGAGAAAUCCCAGGAGAGGUUUGAUCUGGCCAACCCUGCUCUCAGCAUCGCAGCUCCUCAGCUCUCGCAGGAGCUGUCUGAAGACCGUCAUUCUCCACCACUGCUGACAGUCAACGGGCCUGGGGAGGAAAAGCUGUUCCGCAGCAAGAGCGCUGAGGUGGAAUUGACGGCUGAGAAGGAAAGGGUUAAGAAGAUGCUGUCAGAGGGGUCAAUGUGUGAGAUAAACAUGGAGGCUGAGCUGUUCACCCUUCAGGACAGCAACGCCAAGCUGGUGGCGGCGCUACAGGAGGCCAACAGCAGCGUGGAGCAGUGGAAGAACCAACUGGCUGAAUAUGAGCAGGAGACGGAUCGCCUCAGAGACCAGGUGGCAGAGCUGGAGGCCCAGCUGGGGCACCCCGCUGCUGGUCAGCCUGAUGAAGAGGAGCUGAGUCGCUCACUGGAAGAGCUGGAAGCUUUGCUCAGAGCCAAAGACCAGGAAAUUCAAAGUCUGCAGAGCAAAAAAACUGAUGUGGGUGAGCUGGAGAAGGAGAAGGAGGAGGCCAUACAGAGACUCCAGGACCUGGAGAGGCGGAACGUUGAGCUGGAGAAUCGUGUUCAGAGUGCUGAAAAAACGCUGGCUUCCAGCAGAGAGGAGCAGGAGCAGGCGGAGGUUGAAGUUCGGCGAGUCAUAGAGGUUCUGGACAUCAAAAUCGGUGACCUGAAAGGCCUGAGACAGAGCUUGGCAAAACUGGUGGACUAGAGGUCACAGUCGGAGCAGGGGUGCUUCUCCACAGCUAGCCAUUACCUUUUUUUCACAUGGCCUUGAUUUUUGUUGAAUUGAGGCACGCAGAGCAAAAAUCAAAGCAAUACGGUAAAAAUCCCUUGUGAGUUGAACCUCUUUUUGUCUGUGCAGGUAGCUGUCAGAAACUCUUAGAAGGUGCUUUAUUCAGAGUGAAUCAUUACUUCUCUGUUUUGGCUUCUUCAUUUAGGUUCUGAUCUUCAUGUUGUAGUUAAGCUGCUCAUUAUGGCUGUUUUCGUUAUAAUUAAAAGCAGCAUUAGUCACAGAUUAAUUGCCAAAUUCUAUAAUGACCUUUCAUGUUUGUUGUUUGGAAAGUUUUAAGUCACUUAUGGACACAAACACUAGCAUAAAGGAUGGAGUUGCAUCAAGUUAAUGAUUUAUUACAACUUAAGGUACAAAAUGAGAUUAAUAGAAACAAUGGCUCAUUAUCUACAUUGCAGUUUCACCCACAAGUGUUUGUUGGAAUCAAAGUUUUUCUUUGAAAUGUGUUUUCUUUAAUAAUACAGUUUGUGUUGGUAAGAUUUUAAAAAAUCAAAGCAAACAGAAAACACCUGCUUUUUCACAAAUGUAAUCCAGCACUGUGGAGAUGCACCCAGAGAGAGUGGUCAGAGCAAGAACCCACGUCGAGACCCCCUCAGCUCCAGUUCACAGCCAGCAGCAGGGACUUCUCACCAGCUAAGAACAUCAGCACUCUCAGAGAUUUGCUUAAACUCUGUCUUCUGGGGAUCCCCAGCAUAAAACUGUCUCCGUCCAUGUUUUAUUAGAACUCAACACUUAUUCUAUUAUUCAUGAUCAUUGAUUUUGGCAACACACAGCUGCGAUGGGAAGUGUGCGCCGACUGCCAGAGGAAGAGAAGAAGUCCUGCAAGGAUGAAGCAACAGCUGGAAGACACUGAUGUGCCUGAGAAGCUGCUGAUGUUGAGUUGCACUUGAUGAUGUUUGUGCCAACUUUUCUUUGUGUGUGUGUUUGCAUUUGUCUGCGCCCACAGAGAUCCAACCAAACCUACCUUUUUCUGCUAUUGUAGUGAUGAUGAUCUCGAUAACAACAAGUGCAGCCACAGCAUAGAUGAGAGCAGUGCAUGAGCUCUGCAAAGCCCCCCCCCCCCAUACCUGUCUAGAAAUGUGAAUCUCUGUCUAGGCUGCUGGAGUCAAACAGCACAACCACAUUAGCUGUAGUAAAUUGGUACUUAACUAACUUGUCUGUCAGUGGUAGAUGUGAACUUCAGAUGCACAAAAUAUAUUGAUCUUCGCUUCUCAGCCACUGAUUAGCUAUAGAUUUCUCUGUGACCUUAACAAAGGUACAAACAAGAUGCAGUUCUUUGCAUCUGAAGAUGCAGAAAUCACAUCAAGAUGAUCUGUUUUAUAUCAUCUGCAUCAGCAACCCCUCCCGUUAUGACGACGACUCGCUUGUAUUGCCUUGUUGCGUGUUUUUCUGAUGGUAUUCACAUGAUUUAUGACUCGUAGUUUAAGGUUAGCUUGUUUUGAGAUUAGAAAAUAGUUUUAAUGAUCACAGUAACACUUUUAGGAUGCAUUUGAUCACGAGUUGUGGGGAUAAAGAAAUCAGCUGCUGCAGCAUCACUCAACUGGCAAACAAUAGUUUUUCAGUAGUUUUAGUAGUUGGACUACUUGACAGCCUAAAGGGCUUGGUAAAUGUUUUUCCUUCAUUUUCUGUCAAGCAUUAGAGUCUAUCUGCUCCUCUGCAUGAUUGAAGCAAAUGAACACAAAUGCAUUGGUGAUCUUUGCAGAGGUGGUUUCAAGUAGUUUGGAGACUCCUGUUGUACGAAAGGUUAGAUUUCUGUCUUUUAAGAAUGGUUUUGCUCUGUUUCGGAACUUUAACUUUUAGUUAAAUCUUUGGUCUGUUGCAAGCCGUCAUAAUUCCUCCUGAUCUUUUUGACAGAUGUUGAGGAUAUACCAUAUAUAUACCAUAUUUUUAAACUACAUUUAGAAUCCGUCUGUCAUAGAUUUGAAUAGAUCGUUACCUCUCACACAAAUGAUGUUGGUCUGAACACCGUUCUUCAGCCUGCGUUUUUCAACUUAUUUGGUAACACAACAAUUGAAUUGAGCUUGCAUUGCCAACUGUGACAGAAUGCAGCACCAAAGAUGCAUUACCAUCACACUGAGGAAACAGGAACCAGAACAACCCCACAGGGAAAGGACGACAAUUCUCGGUUUCAUUCCUUUUUUAAGUUGAACUAAUUUUCAACUCAAAUGUUUGACCUUUAACAACUCCAAAUACCUCAGAGCGCUGCAGUUACUUUCAUUUAAGUAAAUGUACAUUGAGGAAAAACUGAAAAUUACAGACUUGGAGUAAAUGUGCUUGAAUGGAGUUUGAAAAUGUGAGAUGGUUCCCUUAUAUUUGUAUUAAACUGGUUUACACAUUAAAACUGCCAUAUCCAGUCA